UGUAGCUGUAGCAUAUUUAAAGAAAAGGGUUCAUAUCAAGAAUGGAUUAAUGGGUGAAGCUGAUUUUUUUCAUAUGCGCUGCUGCGCACAUAUUUUGAAUUUAAUUGUUAAUGAUGGAUUGAAAGAACAAGAUUCAUCUGUGUCAAGCAUUCGUAAUGCUGUGAGAUUUGUGAGAUCUUCACCACAAAGGGCAUUGAAAUUCAAAGAGUGUGUUGAAUUUUCUAGGAUUACUUGUAGGAAACAUCUAUGUCUCGAUGUUUCCACGAGGUGGAACUCGACAUACAUGAUGUUGGAUGCUGCUGAGAAGUUCCAAACAGCAUUUGAAAAAUUAGAAGGAGAAGAUGUAGGGUAUGUGGAAUGGUUUGGACGUCAUGGUCCUCCUUGCUAUACUGAUUGGGAAAAGGCUAGGGCCUUUGUGAAAUUUUUGAAAAUUUUCUAUGAAGCCACCAAGGUAUUUUCUUCAUCUCAACAAGUGUCAUUGCACACUGCUUACCACCAAUUAUCAUCUGUUUUUGGUGAGCUUCAAGAAGCAUCUAUGAACUUGAACUCUGAUUUAGCCUCAGUAGGACAUGAGAUGAAGCGUAAGUACGAUAAAUAUUGGGGAGAGGAAAAGAACAUCAAUCAAUUUCUUUAUUUUGGAGUGAUUUUUGACCCUCAUUAUAAGUUUAGAUAUAUUGAGUGGUCUUUUGAUCAAGUUCACGGGGAAGGGACCGAAAAAUCUAUGAAAAUGGCCAAAAAUGUCAAGGAUAAUUUGUUUAAAUUGUACACCUGGUACAAAUCUGCCCAUGACCAAACUAAUGUGACCAUUCGGUCAUUCGGUCCAUCAGAUAAUCAAUCUGUUGUUGAUGCUCAACCUAGAAAUUCUUCACAUUUUCUAAGGGCUGAUGCAUUUAAGCAACAUUUGAAGGAUAAAGAUACCAUUGAUAAAAAAAAUGAACUUGAGAGGUACUUGAAUGAUCCUUGUACAAAUGAUAAUGACAAAUCAUCCAUUCUAACUUGGUGGAAACAAAAUAAACCUCGUUACCCAAUCCUAGCAGCAAUGGUGAAAGAAAUUUUGGCCACCCCUGUAUCAACCGUAGCUUCGGAGAGUGCAUUUAGCACCGGGGGGAGAGUUUUAGAAUGUUAUAGGAGCUCUUUGAGUCCAGCAGUGGCUGAAGGGCUGAUAUGUACUCAGAACUGGUUGAAGCCAGCUCGUACAUAUUUCAAAGACAUCAAUUACACAGAAGAGUUUGGGAUAACUGAGGAAAUCAUAUCAGAAUUUCAACAAUGCUUCAUAACCGCAAAUAUUGGGGCUGCUGGAGCUGGAGCAGCAGUUGGAGGUGCUACUGGUGCUGCUGUAGGUUCUACUCAAACACAACCAAUAGGUUGUGAUUGAGAAAUAUGAUGCUUCUAAUUUUUUUGAAAUCAUUUUGAUAUUUUGGAGUCAUAUAUGACUUGUACAUCUUGGCACAACACAUAAUUAUAUUUUGUAAGCCUUUUUUGGGAGGUCAAAUUUUCUGUGAUGAAUCUUGGCACUCACUCAAGCUUCAAUGAAAUUAGAUUAAGAUGUUUUGCUUGUUGGAAUUUGGCAUUUUGUUUUCAAAUGUUUGGCUUGCUUACUAUGAGACUGCUCAUUUGUCAAAGAGUUGUGAAUUGAAAGCCACAAAACUCUAUAACAGUAAGGAACGGUUCCAAGCAACAUUAAAUUUCCAUGUAGUUGUGAUUGAGGGUCAAGCUCUAGAAUAGGCAUUGCUGAGUUGAACCAUGGGAAAGUGAAUGCUCAAUAGAUUUAAUUGGUGUACAAACAAUAGGUUCCGUUGAUAUCAAGGUUCAGCAUAUGCAGAUUCAACAUACCCCAAUUCAACAAAUAUGCCAAUUCAACAAUGCAUAAUGGUUUAUCUAUAUCUUUAUCUCAAGAACUACAAUCACAAUAUUUGUCCUUCUUGUUGGAUGAAUUAUUGAUCAUGUUGCUUGUUGGAUGGUUUUAAACUUCUUUGAUACUCACUAUGGAUGAUUGUAAUUAUAACUUUAGAUGUGUUGUGUCUA